CAGAUUUGAGAGAAUACGGUACUGAACACCGUCAACGCCAAGUGAGGUCAUUCGUAAUGCGUACAGAGGUCAAUUAAUAAUGUAGCAAUUUUUAAAAAUAAUUCGUAAACUUGGAAUUUGUUAUUUCAACAAAGUCCAUGUCAACGAACCACGGCUACAGUUAAACCCUUCAGACGUAUUCCUGUGUGCCGUACAAGAUGGCAGCCAGUGAAGAGAGUUGUGAUGGGAAUCCGGAUUUCGCAGUCAUUUGUUCAUUUAUCUUAAAAUUCGGAGAUGAUUGUGGAGUUAAUGUCACAAUUCCUUGCCUUCAACAAAUGUUGGAGGAUACUAAAAACGUCCAUGAAGAUUUGGCUGAAUUACACAUUCAUCUGUUACGACGGGGGCGGAAACGAGUGACUAAAGAAAGAUGGGAAAAAUGUUUGAUCAAAUUCUGUCAUGAAUACUCCAGUGUGGAUGCAUGGGAACUUGAAAGAUUUGGAUACAAAAAAGCCAAAUUAUCUGUCAAAUUAGAAAUAUUAAAGCGUUUGCUGGAACUACAGUUUGAUGCCAAUGUUAAAUUCAAAACAGAAGUCAACAAACAUGAUGCACACUCUCUUCGUAUUACUCCAAUUGGUCGUGAUAUUAAUGGACAAAUGUAUUGGUACCAACUAGAUAAAGAUUAUAACAUGAGGCUUUAUCGCCAAGGAAUUGGAGAUGAGAAUACAUGGCAACUUGUAUGUUCAAAUACAGAUCAUCUCAGGAAUCUUCUUUCUUCCUUGGAGAAAAAUAUCACUAAUACAACAGGUCUUGUUUCUGAAGAUGUGGCAAAAACAGAAGAUGUCGACUCUACAGUGCCUAAAAAAGAGAAAGAUGGUGAAGAUUUAACAUCCUGCAUGUCUCAAACAAAACCCUGUGCUAUUAUUAUUAAAACAGAGAAAAGAGAAAAUCUUUUAAGUGGAAAAAUUCCAAAUGCUGCAAAAACACCCGUUAAGGAUGAAGUAAACAUAAAUGAUUCUGAUAUUUCAGUGAUAGAAAAAGAUGCUGUACUUUCUGCUGAAAACACUUCAGUAGCUGAAUCUAAAGAAAGGGCUGCUACUUGCUCUGACAAUCUGGUGAAACCUUGUGGAGUUGUUAUCAAAAAGGAAAUGUGCUUCAAUCUUGCAGAAGGUACUACUAAAAUUAAAGAUGAUGCCACUCCAAUGGAAGAAGAUAAUGCAAAAAAUGAAAAAGAUAAAGACUGUAAUAUUACAGAAAUUGCUUCUAAAACAGAUGUUGAAAUGAUAUCAGUUGAAACAGUCCCAGUAGUUGAUAAAAAGCCAUCCUCACUUACAGUUCAAGAUGCAUCAAGAGAUACUGUAAAUGUUGUUGCGCCUCUUGAUACAACAAAAAGUUCAUCAGUAGAAGAUGUCCCUGAAACCAAAUUUAAAGGCAGUAAAAUCAAAUUAUAUGAAAAAUGGAGUAAUGAAAAGAAAAAUAUUAUAACUCCUGAACCAGUUGAAGAGGUUAAACAUAAUUCUGCAGCAACUAUUCCUAAAGAAUCAGUUGAUGUUAAAGAAUCACUUCCUGAAGAUCUUACAGUUAGCCAUAAGGCAUCAUCCGAAAGUGCAUUAAACAAAUCAAAAUCUUUUAAAGUUUCUCCUAGCAAACUUCUUCAUGAGGAUUCUGCUCGUGGUGAAGAAGUACCCAUGGAUUUGAGUGUUUCCUGUCGUGGCAGUGAAAUAAGCAAAAGUUCAGCAACUGAUCUCUCGGCAUCCUUGAUUAAAAAAAGGCCGCUUUCAGAUUCAGAUACAUCAAAUCUCAGUUACAAUGGCGGUAAUGUUAGAUCGUCUUUUCCAGCCAAUGACAGCAACAAAACCGUAGAUAUUAAGUAUUCAAAUAGCUCUGAAGCACCAAGACCAUUCAAAAAGAAACAUCUGUCAAUAGCAAAAGAAGAACCUGUGAAAGAAAGUAAUGAUCAUAGUCGUAAAUCUGUUAUUUUUGAAGUGAAAAGCAAUAAACUAUUAAACCAGUAUCAAGAAAAUAAACCUAGCAGUGACUCUUUGAGUGACAGAACAGGUAACUCUGGGUUUUCACAUUUGCAAGCACUUCAAAAUAUGUGCAAUGAAAACCCUAUGACUUGUUUCCAGGGUAAUGCUGUUCAUUCUUCUAGUCAUGAUAAAAGAUCUUCAUUUGAAAGCGGUUACAUGAAAUAUGGUCUUGGUCCUAUUGAAAAAUCGUCCUUUAAUGAAACAGCCUGUGAUACUUUAAGCAAAAAGUAUUCAUUCAGUAAUACCCAACUCUCUGGAGAUUUAAAGCAUGUUUCUGAGAGAACUGAUCCCGCUCCAUUGCUGAAAUCGAAUGUGCAUGCUAGCAAUGAAGUUUCUUUUAAAGAGCAUUUCCAUUCAAAAUCUGAUGUUUCAUCUACACCAAGAGAAAUUCAUGGUCAAAAACUGGCUGCUAAAAUUGAUCAGUUAGUUCAGCAAAACAAAGAUUUUAGUAAUGAAGUGGGAAAAUGUGCAAAACCUUCAAAUCAAAAUCUACUGCCAAUAAAUGAAAAAGACAUUUGUGAGGUAAAAGAAUUACAUUUAAAUGAAAACACAAAACAGGAAUUAAAAGAAAAAGUCUGUAGUAGAACAGAAUUAGUUCCUUCUCAUAAAGCUGAUCUGAGCACUUCAUCUAGAAAAAUUGAGAAGCCAAUGUCAGAAUCAAAAGUUAAGCAUACCAUAUCAUCUAUGUUGAAUACAGACAUAGUUAGCUCUAAGUCUGAUGAUCCAACAUCAUGUUCUUCCUCUUUCAUUAGCAAGCCUUCUGAUGUUCCUGCUAUUGUUACUAGUAAUCAUUCUGAACAUAUUCUACCAAAACAUGCCCAAGACUGUGACAGAAAAGAUGUAUCCUGUCCUACUGAAAAUGAUAGUGAUAUUAUUAAAUCCUCUAAAAGAGAGCUUAGUAAAGGUGUUACUUCUAUUCAAGACAGUAUUUCUGAUCAUUGUAUCAAGCAUGAAAUUGCUCAGCCUUUAUCUUCGAAAAACAUUGAUCCUGUUUCAGCUGAAACUAGGAAAUUUUUGUUACCUAAAGACAAUUGCUCUUUGCCUGAAUCUAAAGGCAUUGAUGCAAAAUCUGCAUCCAUUGCAGUGUUUAAAUCCAGUGAGGUGCCUUUAUCUGCCACUCAUGAAAAUACUAAUUCCAGUGAGGCAGUUGAACAGAAAAAUCUUUCUGCCAGUGUUAAAUUAGAAAAGGACAAUAAAUCUUCCAAAAAACCAAGUACUGUAAAACUAAAAGAAGAAUGUUCUGAUUCUACUGUCAAUGUAGAAAGUAGCUCUGCUUUAUCUCAAAGCAAUGAUGAAUCUAUUGCUGCUGAAAAAAAUUCAAUUCAUUUAAAUAAAAAGGAUCAUUCUGUGUCUAAAGUUGAAUUAAAUGAUUCUGAACUAGAAAGGCAUAAAGAAAAAAAAUCUGAGGAUUGUGGCAAUUUAGAAAAAUCUUCUGGGUCAAUUAAAAACACAGCUUUGAAAGACGAAUGUGCAGUUGAAAAUUCCCAAAUUAUCACUCCUAAAAUAGAAACUGCCUGUGUAGAAUCUGCAUCGUUAAUACCUGCGAGUUGCAAAAGUGAAACUUUAUCGUCUCCAGUUGAAAAGGGUGAUAAGGAAAAAUCUGGGGAUAACAAUCUAUUAAAAAAGAGUCCUACUGAAUCAAAGACUAAGAACAACUGUAAAAGUGUAUCUUUAGAAGCAUCUGCUUUGAGUUCUGAAUGUCUUAAUGAAAUUUCAAAAAAUGUAAAACAAGAUCAUGAUAUGAAUGAUAAGAAAGAAUUAAAUGAAAAUACUUCUGUAUCUGCAGAAAGCAAUCUUUUGCAUUCUAACAAGAUUCAGAAUGAUAAAACUGAUAUUAUCAUUAAGUCCCCAAGUGAUAAAUCUGUAUCUCAUUCUUCUUUACAGGAAACUGAUUGCACUCCAGAGCAUAAACAAACAAAAUUAAAAAAUGAAAGCUCUAAAUUAGAUGAUAAGUCAGUGACAUCAGAAAACAGAAUUGUAUCUGAAAAGCCUGAGGUUUCAGUUGUAAACACAAAUUCGUUAGAAAAUCGUGAACAUAUAAAAUCUGAGAAAUUGGAUGCAAAUGUUGAGUUAAAACAAACAAGUAGCGAUUCAGUUGUUGAAAAGCCUCAAACUGACAUUGAAUUAUUCAAAAAGGAAACAGUUAAUCAUUCCAAUAAAAAAGAGCCAUUGCCUAAAGAAAAAGAAAUGUGUGAUCAGAAAAACAGCACAGUUACUAAACAUUCUGAAGCCAGUUUAUCAUUGGGAAAUGAAUUGGCAGUUAAAUCUGAAAAACAAAAUGUGCAAACCAACAGUGACUUAUCUGACGCUUUAAGUAAGAAAGAAAGCAUUGCAUCUACAGAAUCACUAAAUAAUUCUCAAGAAAAAAUUCCUGAAAAAUGUGAAAUUAGUCCAAACUCUUCCAAUAAAAUAUUAGCAAGCAAAGUUGAUGAGAAAUCAGUUGAAAAUGUAAAUGUUUCUCCUGUGGAAGUACUACCUUUUCCAUCUGAAAAGAAAAUAACUGAGACACUUGACAAGAAAACUUUUCAUCCAUCCAAAAACAAAGUUGAUGUUGACUCAGAAACAGUUAAAUCUUCAGAAGAAAAACCAAUUGGUCAUCAGUUAGAAAUUAAUAUGGCAGAAAAGUGUAAAACAGAAAUUGUUUCAUUAUCUGGUGAUGACAGUUCUGAGCUGAAAUCUUUUAGUACUGAAUCUAAAAAGGUAAAAAUUGAAAAGUCCUCUAAUUGCAGUUUAAUUUCUGAUAAAUUAGAGGAUAGUGCUACCAAAAGUUCAGUAAUAAAUGAUUCCAGUUCUGGGAAUAUUCCAACUGUUUCUUCUAUGACAGAAAAUACAGAAACAUCUCAAGAUGAUGAUACAAAGAUGAAAUUGGAAAGCAAUCAAUCUGAAGAUAAUACUGUAGUACCUGAAACUUGCAUGGACUCAACUGAUUUGAAAACUUCUUUGAAUAAAGUUACAGAAAAGUUAGAAACAGGAACAGAUCUUUCUGAUACCAAAUCUAAUAAUACUGAGCAUUCAGAAAAUAAAAAUACAGCUGCUUUGAAAGUACCUGAUAAGGAAUUUGAAAAUGAUUCAAAAUCUUCCAUAAGUAUGAAAUGUCCAAAAGAAACAUCUGUGGGGAGAAAAUCAGAAAAGACUUCUUCUAAACUGAAAAUUUCAAAAUCUGCUGUUGAAGAUGGUGUAUCUAAACAAUCUAAAGAAGUUGCUGCAUCAGAGAUCAAAACUGAUGAACUCUCUUCUGAAAUUAGAGCAACAUCUGGCCAGCAAAAAGAUAAAACUGAUGAUAAAUCAAAAGAUAAAAUAAGAAAGCAUAUCAAUACAGAAUCACUUACUAAAGAAACAUCUAAGUCUGAAAUAACAAAUCUUCAACAAAAAGAUGUAGUAGGUUCUUUUGAUAAUUCUACUACACAAGAAGUGAAUGAAGUUGAUUCUUCACAGAAUCAAGAUACUCCUGGCAAAGAAUCCUUAAAAUCACCACAUUCUACUGAAAGUACUAAUGUCAAAAAUACACCGUGUAAAAAAGAAAUGCUGAAUUCAGAUUGUAGUGAAAGUGUUGAAGAUGCCAAAGACAGCAGUAAAGAAAAUACUGCUGCAACUGGUGUUGCACUAAAAAAGAACCAGAGAACAUCAAAUAGAUCUUCUAGGUCAUCUAGAAAGAAAUCACGUUCUUUACAGUCUGUUUCUAAAGAAGAAAACAAAACAUCUGGUGACAUUUCUGAAAAAUCGGAACCUGUUGUGAAUGAUUCAUUCAAGGAUGAGAACAUUAAAUCUGAAACUCCAAAGAAAAUAGAAAAAUUAAGGAUAACAAAAAAUGAUAAACAUAUUCAUUCAGAUGAUAUGAAAAUGGACUUAGAUGCAACAGCAAUUACAGAAAAGGAAGUAAAGAAAGAAUCUUUAGAUGUAUCAGAAGAAAUAAUUUUUAGUGGUAAAGAAACAAAAUACGACCCAAGUCUUUGCAAACUUGAUAUUCAAAAUCCAUUAAAUCUUUAUCUAGUUAUGAAUUGCAGGUGCUUAGAAACUAAAGUGAGGCAUCCUCAGUGUGGUAAACUAAGUGAAAAACCUAUACUGUCCACUUCCCCUUCAAAACCAAAACUCAUUACCACAUUUAGCCUAGACACAAGUGAAGAAGUUCAGAUAAUUAAAUCAGUAGAUUCUCCCACUCUGGGUAAGAAGAAAAGGGGGAGAUUAAGGCAAAGAGGAUCAUCGUCCAAACCUCCAGUUCCUCCUACUCCACCACCUAAACAAGAACCAGUAAAAUCUACUGCCAAAACACCAAGGCAGAGAGCACCAAGGAGCUCUAAGAAACCUGCAGCCACCUCAGGGAAGGAUGAUUUCACAAUUCCUGAAGGGUUUUUGGAAAUUUUGAGUAACAGCCAGUCAGAUAAUGUUAAAUCUGAACCUCAUAGAAAAUCUAGAGGGCAAAAAGCUAAGAUCAGUACUCCAUCUGCUCAGAGCAGUGAAAGUGAGUCAGCACCUAUAAAAAGGAGUCGUCGAAUCCAAGAGCAACAUCAAAAGAAAAUGUCAGAAUUGGCUGUAGAAAUGGAAAGAGAGCAGAGGAUGUUGGAGCAAUUAGCUAAGAAAGCAAAAAAACCUGCCACACCGAAAUCUUCAACAAAGACACAAGGAACUAAAACACCUAGAGGAGCAAAAGCAAAAUUUGAACCUCCCACUCCUGAAGAUACUUGUUUGGAAUCAAAACGAACUACAAGGAAGAUGAAUAGUAGAUCACGAAAUAUGACGAAAAUGACUUUAAUGUAUGAAGAUGAAUCAAAAGAUAGUGAAUUUUCAACUUCAAGAGAAACAGAAAAAUCAAAGAAACGAAGAAGAGGAAAGGGUGCUAGAAAAGGAUAUAAACCAUGGGAUGUGUCAUCUGAAUCCUCUUCUUCUGUUGAAGAAAUUACAGAAGAGGAAGAGGAAGAAGAGCCUGAUGAACCAUUGAUAUUUGAAGUAAAUGAGGAUGAAUUUGCCUGUGAGGAAGUGGAUGAAGAUGCAGAACCUAUUAUUGUGAGGAGAGCUAGAACUGCAAAGAAAGCUCCUGAAGAUAUAACUGCUGAAGAAAAUGUUGUUACAGAUGAUAAGCCAUGUUCGAAAUGUGGAAAAUAUGACAAGCCUGAAUGGAUUCUUCUUUGUGAUAAGUGUGAUAAUGGUUACCAUACUACUUGCCUGAUACCACCUUUAGUAAUUAUUCCUGAAGGUGACUGGUAUUGUCAACCUUGUGAGCAUAUGUUCUUAUGUGAAUCCUUACAAAAAGAAUUACACAACUUGGAAGUGAUAUUAAAACAAAGAGAAAGAGAAGAAUUGAGAAAACAAAGGCUGGCUUAUGUUGGUAUAAGUUUGGAUAAUGUUCUAAAACCUGAGAAGAAAGAAAAAUCGGAUGAAUCUUCAAAGGAAGAAGAAGAAGAGGAGGAAAUAAAUGAGAUUGAACGCAAAAGAAGGAGACAUAAAGAGUCACCUGAUGAUGAAAGACAUAACAAAUUAUAUGGAAAACGAUCAGUCAGAGCUCGCCGUAAUGUCAAUUACCAGUUUAAAGAAUAUGAUGCUUUAAUAGCUUCUGCUAUUCAAGAGGAAAUGUUGGAUAAAUUGACUGAGGAUGAGGAGGAAGUUAAAGAAAAAGAAAAAUCCGAAGACAGUGAUAAAUCUUUCACUGCCAAAUUGCCAUCAAAGAGGGGAAGAAGAAAAAGAGUGAAACGCUUGAAUGAUUUGGACUUCAGUGAUGAAGAUGAAGAUAGUGGAGAGGAAUAUAAAGGAUCAAGUUCUGAUUCAGAGCAAACUGCUCCACUUUCAAGAAGUGGUUCUGAUGCUGAAAGUGCUGCUUCUGGUGAAUGGAGGAUAGUUAAAACAAAAGCAAGAUCUGCAAGGAAACCUAGGAGAAAAAGGAAGGAUAGUUCGGAUGAAGAAUGGGAUGAAAAUGAGAGUGAUAGCUACAGACCUACAACAAGGAGAGCUGCUCAAAAAGCUAUUAGUUAUAAAGAAAUUUCCUCAGAUGAUGAUGAUGAAUGGAAUCCUAAGCCUAAAUCAGCUCCCAAAAAGAGAAAGAAAGCAAGCUCUUCAGAAGACAGUGAGGCCUCUUACAAAAAGAAGAAACCCAAAAGAAAAUCCCGUGUUCGUAAAUGGGCAAGUUCUUCAUCUGAAGAGGAAUCUGAGCGUAGUAUGAGCUUUAGUGGAAGUAGUCAGGGAUCAGAGGAUGAAUGGAAGGUAAAAAAGAGCUCAGAAGGAAAUAAGAUAAAGAUUAAUAUCAAUAAAAAAGUCUUGAGCAGUGAUGAGAAUGAUGAAUCUCAUGAAUCUGCUCCUAAGAAACGUUCAAACAAAGUUGUUUCUGAUCCUGAAAGUGAAGAGGAAGAAGAUGAUGAAGAGGAGGAGGAGGACGAAGAAUCAUCUGAAGAGGAGGAGGAAGAUGAUGAUGAUGAAGAGGAAGAAGAUGAUGAUGAUGAUGAAGAAGAAGAAGAGGAGGAGGAUGAAGAAGAGGGGAAUGCAAAAGUUAAGAAACCAAAAGAGGUUUCAUCUUUUAAGCCUAAAGAUAUUCCAUCUAAACCAAAAGAUGCAUUAUCUAAACCAAAAGAUGUAUCAUCUAAACCUAAUGAUGCACCAGUGAAACUUAAUGAUGCACCAUCUAAAACUAAAGACGUGCUACCUAAACUUAAUGAUAUAUCAACUAAACCUAAGGAUACACCAUCUAAAGCUGUUGUUGAAUCAAAAAUUAAGGAUGGGCCAUUAAAAGCAGAGGUUAAAUCUGUUUCUGCUGUGAAAGAAGCGGUAAAAAUAGAUGCUUCCAAAGUAAUUGAGAUGCCAGACGUAGCAGUGAAGAAAGAAAGUUCUCUGCCUGCAGUUGAGCCAAUUAAAGAAAAAGUGGUGGUCAUGACUGUUAAAGAUAAGCCACCACAGAGGACAGUAAAAAAAGAUGCCACUAAAAUGGUGCCUUGUGUGAUACCCUAUGAUAAAUCUCCCAAAAGUGGGCAUGGUGCAACUGCAGAUGAAGAGAGUGAUAAAGAAAUCAACAAAAGUAAAACAGACAAUGUUAGUGCUGCUAAACACCUUUCUUUUCCUAAAAUGGCAGCAACUUCAAAUGUUAUUAGAGCAUCUAAUCCUACUACCAAACCUUUUACAAGCACAAUAAUUCAGCCUUUCAGUAACAUUGAUGAUGAAAAUGACAGUGAUGAUGAUGUUCCAUUGGAACGAAUCCCAAACACUGCUGCUACUUCAAUUCCUACCAAAUCACUGUCUUAUACACGUGACUCUGAAUAUACACCAGCUAAGGAACUGUCUAGUUUCUCUUAUACCACACCAGAAGAAAAGUGUUUUCCACCCACAUAUUCCUCUCUUGCUCCUUUCCAGGACUAUUCUUCACGGCCAAGCCCACUCAAACCAUCUCUUGUUGAAACUUAUUCCAAUAACUCCAGCCCUUCCAAACUUACUCCAUUAGAUUCAUAUUCAAACACCAAUAGUCCAAAGGGUUUUAUAUCACUAGAUUCCUAUUCCGAUUCUCGAAAGAAGAAACAGCACUUUUAUGGUACUCCUGAACCAGAGGCAGUGCCGAGGCCUGUACCAUCUGAAGGGUAUCAAGGAGAAAUAAGGUUCCCUCCAUCUCCUAGUACAUAUGCUUCACGAUCUCCUUCUCAUGUAGCAAGAGAUGCUGGGACACCUCCAAGAUUCCAUUCACAGUAUCCAGAUACUUAUGCUCCACCUCGUUCACCAGAUUACUAUCAGAACCAACCAUAUUAUCAGGGAGAAGAGCGUCUACCUAGAGCAACAUACCAACCAAAUUAUGUACCACCUGAACCAGUACCUCCAUUUGUCCCCAAUCCAUAUGUUGCAACACCCGUAAUGCAACCCAAUGGUGGAUUCAUGAUUGAUACAUUGCUGAGGGCAAGAAACCCUGAAAAUGAAGAAGAUGAACUUACGGGAGUUACAGAUAUCGUUUCAUACAUUACUCAAGAGUGAAACUUAAGCUGCAACUUCUUGGUAAUAACCAACUUCUGAUCUAAAGGGUUUUGCGCCAUUGAUUCCUACUGCAAAAGCAUUUUUAACAUCAAUUUACCAAAGUGGUCGAAUGAUUGUAACAUAUGGAAUGGUUACUUUAUGGGUUGUAUCGCAAUUACUGAAACCCCCUUUUCUGGUACUACUUGGUCCUCAUUCCCAAAAAUAUCAUGCACAUCUCCAGGAUUAUAAAUGCUGUGCUUGGAUGUUUUCCUGUCAGAGUAUUACCAAAAUCAUUUGUACCAUACUGUAGAAAGUAAUACAUGAGACAUAUGUUCUGUCGGAACAGGUACUUAUGUUUGCUCUUGGUUGAUAUGUUGCAAUGCAACACAGGAGUGAAUUUAAAAAUUUCGAUGUAAAUUUCACAUUUGUCAUCGUAGAGGGCAUUUAAAAUGAAAAAAAUGUAGAUAAUUUAUAUGUAUAAAAAUCAUCUUGCAAUAUUUUAUUUCUAGUUUUAUACACUGUGCGAUGGAAUUUUAUCAGCUUUUCAGAUGGAUCGUGCUUUGUUUUUAUUAUUUUUUUAUCAUUGCAAUGAUUUCAGUUAAAUAUACAGCUUUACUGUCAUCUGGGUCUUUUCUUUUCCCCUGUUGGGCAGAUUUUAUGGGGGCAAUGGGCCAUUAGUUUUUAGUAUUUUUAAUAUUGAAUAUUUGCUAGACUAUUAUUGUACAGUUUUAUCAACUUUACUGUAGAUCAGUUUCAAGUACAGGUGUUUUGUUUUUGCCUCAUUUUCUCAUUGCAGUGUUAUUUGUAAUGUUGCUUCUAUCCAAACUGUAUACUGGCAAUUCACUUUGGAAUUCUAUUGUGGUCUUCAAAAUGCUGUGUUGCUACUUAGCACUAUAGGUUUCUGUACUUGUGAAUGUUACGUAUGUGCAUUAUUUAUAUUGAGUACGAUGUCAACACAUCGUGCUUUUCUUAUCACAUGUGAUAUAAUUUUCAUAAUUCAUACCUAUUCAGAUGUAAACUAUUUUGUUUUUUAUUAUUAAAUGAACAAAACAUUA